AUGGAUACACACGAUGAUAAUGACACCACUCUCCCACAAUCUCGCGCCUUCGUAACAUCACUCAUUCAAUCUUUAAACACAUCACAAACCACAACCACAUCCACAGCCACACCACAAGCCAACCCUCUAAAACAAGCCUCUCCAACAGACCGCUCAACUCUCUUAACCCUUCACGUACUAUUUCCAAACGAACUACUAUCGGCACUAGAUCUGCUAGACCGAGACCUAGUAGUUCGAUUUCUUCCAACCCCAACGCCACCAAUACAAUCACAGACUGGACGACAAACUGAGAGCACAACUUCAGAGCAAGAAGUCUUCACCCUUUCAGACGACACAACCACCAAAUUCAAAGUGGAUAAGGAUUAUAAGAAUGCAGUCUAUUACGUCCGUUCAGCACAGCAAACGUCCUCGAAUUCUCGGUUCAGGGAUCCGGUGGCUGCGAGCACGCAUUAUGAGGUUAGAACUUCGAGUUGGAGUUGUUCGUGUCCUGCUUUCGCAUUUUCUGCUUUUCCGGCGAAUGCGUCUACGGAUGAGGAAGAAGGGGAUGAUGAGUUUGUGGCAGGGGAAGGUGAGGAGCAACAGUGGAUGGUUGGGGGCUUGUCUCUGGGCAAGAAUGUGCCGUUGUGUAAGCAUUUGCUUGCUUGCGUGUUGGCAGAGAGGGGAGGGCUCUUUGAAAGGUAUGUCAAGACGAGGAUGGUCAGUGUGGAAGAGCUUGCAGGGUGGAAUGCAGGAUGGGGCGGCUGA